AUGGCCAAUGAGAAACCCAAGGAAGGAGUCAAGACUGACAACAAUGAGCGUAUUGAUGCAUCCUGCUCAGGGCAGGGUGGCUGCAUGGUGCAGCUUUAAAGGAAGAAGCAGGCACUGCUCAGUGAACUAAUGAAAGCCCACUGUGAACAACAGAGUUCACCAAUAAGGCAGAUUGGGUUCCAGUUCAAUGGGCACAGUGAAACAGACAUACCUGCAUAGCUGGAAGUAGAAGACGAAGAUCCGAUGGAUGUGUUCCGGCAGCAGACAGGAGAUGUCUACCAAAAAGGAAGUGUGGGUAGCCUAGAGGCCUUGGUGGCCUCACUGGCCGCAGUGGUCAGCGUGCUGCAGUCGUGGGACCUGAGCCUCACAGAGGCUAUGCUCCAGAACAUGGAGGCUGAGCAGCAGCGCAGGGCCCAGGAGGCCCAGAAGCACAAGGAGGCUGAGGCCAACCGGUGCGCCGAGGGGGAUGUGGGGGCCGCGGGAGAGGAAGGGGAUGUGGAGCAAAGACAUGGACGACUUUGA